AUGCUCCCAUCGGUGUCGACGCGCGUCUGCUGCGUUCCGUCUUUUCCUUUGCUCGCUCCCUGCUUUCCUCAAUCUCUUCACCGCCAGCAGCCUUCCCUGCCAGCCUUAUUUCUCCUCCCUCUGUCCCCGGCGCCAGGCGACCCUCCGCACGCGCCCUCUCCUCCUCGACGCUCCACCAGCGCCCUCGCUCUCACUCCGAUUUCUGCUCCGCCACCGCCUCCACCUCCGCUACCCCCGUAUCCUGGCUGCCAGCCUUCUCCGCCUCAUCCUCUGACGCGCUGUCGCGUACGAGCCCGACCCCGCCGUCACUCCGCCAUGAGCGCACCCAGCAGCAGCCCUCCGCCGUACUCCCUCACCCCGCCCGAGCCCUCCUUUAGCCCAGCAAGCAACAGACGUGCGGCCUCGUCUCCCCACUUGCGCCAGCCCCAGUAUCCCCUUCCGUCUCAGCGCGCCCGCCGUGCCCUCGUGCAGUCCGACUGCGACGACUCGGCCGACGAUACUGCCGCGUCGGAGGACGACAUACUCUAUACCACAUCGGCCAGCGCGAGCACCGGGUUUACAGGCGUCCUGCGGGCGCGUAUCCUCGGCAAGGGCAAGGCUCGCGAAGAUACCCUCAGGCCCAUCACUACCGCUCCCGGUGUGCGAUGCGCGGGCGAGACCGAGACCGAUGGAGAGGAUUCCCCGCGAAACCUGCCCACGGCGCGCAUAACUGGGCCGUCUCUCCGUCCGCUGCCCCAUACCCUGUCCGCCGUCAUGCCCGCCCUCGUAUCCUUCUCGCGUCUCCUUGCCAUCGUGCCGGCCGUGUUCGGGACCGUAUAUCUUUCUGCUUGCAUGCUCGGUCUGGGAGGGGAGAGCGACGUUUGGAAAGCCGAGUUCUUCGUCGCGGCGUUGUGGGCCGUGCUCACCGGCUGGCAGUGUCUCCAGAUGACGACGGGCCUUCUCAAGCGCUGGCGUGUGUACUAUUCCCCGCUCGCCACGCUCAUUCGCCUCUUUGCACUCCAGGCGAUCUGCUGGCCGGCGACGCACCUGACGUUGACGCUGCUGGAUUACGAGAAGCGGCCGGCGCUGUGCUGGGCGGUGGUGGGCACGACGACGUGCUGCUCGCGGAGCAUCCAGCUCUGGGUCACCUCCAACAUCGCGCCGGCGCCCCUGCCGCAUCCGCCUCCGCCGCCCGCGCUCGCGGCCUCGCAUUCCCGCCCCCUACACCCGUCUCACGCGCACGCGCAACACGACUCGCCCCUCUCGGCGCUCGCGUCCGCGCUGGGGAACGUCAUCGCGGGCGGCGCGCAGGACGAGCUGGAGUGGAAGCGCGGGCGGCGCCGGCGGUGGGACUGGGCGGAGGUCGGGCGCAAGUGCGCGCUUCCUGCGGGCGUGCUGUAUUUUGUGACCGCGUGGGCGGAGAUGAUCAGGCGCGAGGUGGAGCGGGGCCCGCCGUGCUAA